GGGAUGGGCAAGAGAGACAGCAAUCCAAGUUCAACCCUUAUAGAGCCAGGGUCCCUGAACUCGAGGUGAAGCUCAGACCAUCCUCUCUUCCCUCCUCCUGGGGAGCGUGCUCCUGGUACCCGCAGCCCUCACGCAUCUCCAUCCCAUCCCUCCCCAGGAAAGGGGCGAAAGCACGAGGCAGGCGAGGGGCGGGGAGAGGCGCUGACAAAUCAGCUGCGGGGGCGACGUGAAGGAGCCGGGAGCCAGAGCGCCGAGCAGCAGACGGCAAGAGACCAGCAGGUGCUGCCCCUGUCGCUGCCCCUCCGCCCAGCGUCUUCCUUCCCACUGCCAUUGAAAUAAGAUCAGGGGGAAAGAGGAGGAAUUGAAAUUCUGCCGAAACCAAGGGCGCCGUGUGGAAGAAAAUACAUCUUUAGCCAUGGAUGUGUUCAUGAAAGGACUUUCCAAGGCCAAGGAAGGAGUUGUGGCUGCUGCUGAAAAAACCAAGCAGGGUGUGGCAGAAGCAGCAGGAAAGACAAAAGAGGGAGUCCUCUAUGUAGGUUCCAAAACUAAGGAAGGAGUGGUUCAUGGUGUGACCACAGUGGCUGAGAAGACCAAAGAGCAAGUGACCAAUGUUGGAGGGGCAGUGGUGACUGGUGUGACAGCAGUCGCCCAGAAGACAGUGGAAGGAGCUGGGAACAUUGCUGCUGCCACUGGAUUCGUCAAGAAGGACCAGAUGGGCAAGGGUGAAGAAGGAUACCCACAAGAAGGAAUUCUGGAAGACAUGCCUGUGGAUCCUAGCAGUGAGGCUUAUGAAAUGCCUUCAGAGGAAGGAUACCAAGACUAUGAGCCCGAAGCCUAAGAGGGCCUUGAGUCCCAAUGUCCUGAGAUCUGCCGGCCACUGUUCCAUGGCGUACAAGUGCUCAGUUCCAAUGUGCCCAUUCAUGAUGUUUUCUCAAAGCUGUGCAGUGUGUUUCAAAGUCUUCCAUCAGCAGUGAUUGACGUCCUGUACCUGCCCCUCAGCAUCCCGGUGCUUCCCUCUCACUACAGUGAAUACAUGGUAGCAGGGUCCUGUGUGCUGUGGAUCUCGUGGCUUCAAACCUAAAAUGUUAGAAGAAAAUUAAAACACCUAAGUGACUACCACUUAUUUCUAAACCUUCACUAUUUUUGUUGCUGUUCUUGAGAAGUUGUGACUUGCUAUCUUAUAAGAGUUUUAGGUGUCCUUAAUGAUUCUUUCUGUCUAAGAAUGAUGUAUUGUGAAAUUUGUUAAUAAUAUAUUUUAAAAUAUGUGAGCAUGAAACUAUGCACCUAUAAAUAUUAAUUAUGAAUUUUACAGUUUUGUGAUGUGUUUUAUUAACUUGUGUUUGUACAAAGCUGGUGAAAACUAAAAUAAAUAUCAUCUCAUUGCAAAAUUA